GUUUGAACUCAUGACCUGCCACCCAACAGACUUUGGCUUUUACCUGUGCAACAAUACCAACAUACAGGGAACAAGUUGUAAUUACCAUGUUCUUUAUGAUGAGAACAAUUUCACGGCUGAUGCGCUUCAAUCCCUGACGAAGAAGCUCUGUAAUACCUAUGCUCGGUGCGUUCCAGGACUCUCCACAGUGGCACCGGCUUUUUAUGCUCAUGUAAAAGCUAGAGUCUGUACUCGCCACUACAUGGAAGGGGACGGCUCAACUGGGGAACUAAAUAUUAAACUUCUUGGUGGUGGUGACAA